UGGAUUUGACAAUCAAAGCAGGACGGAGGGGCGGGGCGGUGCUGCGCGUCCCCGCCCUGCUCGUGCCACCACAUCCAGGCGCGAGCAGAGGAGCGUGUGCCCGCCGCUGACUGCAUCCUCACCGGCAUCAUCAUCAUCUUCAUCCUCCUCCUCCUCCUCCUCGACGCCCGACCUGAGCUCGCUAUCUCCGGCUGACCACCGUCGGACUUCCCGGAACAUCAUCCAGACACACCAUGGAUGACUUGGACGUUCCUCAGAUGCGGAGGGAAGUGGAGUCUCUUCAGUACCAGCUGGCCAUCAGCAGAGAGAAAUCCUCCAUCACCGUCACCGAGUUGGUGAAGUGGAUCGAAGGUUGUGUGUGCGAGGAUCCUUUCCUCAACCCUGAGCUGAUGAGAGCUAACCCCUGGGUGGAGAAAGGCAAGUGUGUGAUCCUCUGAUGAUCACACACACAUUCAUAUGUUCACACACGCAAUGCACGGAUGCACCACAAACUUAAACAUUGGACACACACACACACACACACUACUGCUGUCAUGCUUUAUUUAUUUAUUUGGAGAACUUGAUUGCUCUUGUUGAGAACGCUGUGUGAGUGUGUGUGAGUGUGUGUGUGUGUGUUAGUGCACAGCACUGAGUAGCUUUUUAGACGUUUGUUUUUAUUGGCUCUUUCCACUGUCAAUCCAAAUAAAGACUGUUUAGAAUUGA